AUGUAUAUAAACCCCAACCAAUAUGCAAAGACGUUCCAAGAUAUAAAACGCUCAUCAUUAUCUCAUUCCACAUGCAAGCUUGUUAUAUUUGUCUCAUGCUUAGAUGUGGAUGCAUUAUGUGCUGCCAAAAUUUUGAGUUUACUUUUAAGAAAAGAAUUAAUCCAAUACCAAUUAAUUCCAACAACAGGGUACUCGGAUCUAAAACUGCAUUAUGAUAAAUUAGACAAUGAAGUCACCAAUAUAAUACUAAUUGGAUGUGGUGCUAUGUUGGACUUGGAAGGAUUUUUUGAUGUCAAUCCCGAAGAGUUUUUAGGACACAAUUCUACUACCAAUGGUCACACCAUAGAUAACGCCAAUGAAGCAGAAAUAGAACUAGAUGUAGUGAAAACGGAUAAUUUUGCCUUGACAAGAAAGAUCUAUGUUGUAGAUGGACAUAGACCGUGGAAUUUAGAUAAUUUGUUUGGAUCGGCCAUGGUUGUUUGUUUAGAUAAUGGGUAUGUUGAUGGGAACUUGAAUAACGAAAAGGAAUCAUACAAUGUAUUAGUAGAAAUGAGUGAUAGUGAAGAUGAGGAUGAGGAUGAGGACGAGGACGAAGAGCGCAAUGGGAACAACAAUGGUGAUGACCAAGAUGGGGACAAAACAGAUGUUGAUGAUGAGAAUGAUGAACCAAGAGCUUCAACAUCACGCAGAGGUGUUAAAUCCAUCCACGAGGAUAAAAUUCAAACGUAUUAUAACCAAUCAUCAACAAUAACAAGUUCUUGUUCCAUAACAGUUUAUGCAUUAGUAAGUGCCAUUGGUGAGACCAAUGUUGACAAUUUAUGGUUAGGAAUUGUGGGUGCCAGUGGGUUUGAUUGUUCCAUAUUUGUUGAUGAAGUGAGGCGAUUCUCGAACGAUUCUGGUAUUCACAUGGAACGGGGAACGUACCUUCCAUUGUUGCGACAUUCUUCUCUUUAUGAUGCAUUGCUUUAUAAUUGGAUUGAUGGUGACAAGAGAAUACAUAAGAUUCUCGCAAAGAUGGGUGUUCCUAUUGUUGCUGCAAAACAACAAUGGCAAUAUUUGGACCCACCAAUCAAGAACAAACUACCUGGACUAUUGAAGAAAUAUCUACCUGAACUCCCACAAGUUGAAAUAUUUUAUCGAUGUGGUGUCACAUCUAUGGACGUGUUUGUUUCGUUAACCGCAUUGUUAGAGACCGGGGUUGGUCUCAAUAGUAAUAAUAAUAAUAAUAAUGGUGUUGAUCAUGGUGAUCUUGAAGAUGAGAAUGAAAUAAUCCGAAGAGAAAUUAAAAGUAGAGAAUCAAGUUACAUUCGAAAUUUUUGGUCUGCCUUUGAUUCAGUAAGUUCUUUUGGUAUUGCCAACAAUAUUGGAUUAGAAAAGGGGAUAACAGCAGCUAAAUUAGUUCAAAAAGAAUUAUUUCAAACCAUCAAAUACAUAAUCGAACAAAAACUAAUCAAAAAUUUAAAGGUUUAUCGACUUUGCAUUUUAAAAGAUGAGUCGUCGCAUCUGGGUUUUGAUAAUCCAGUAUUGUUAAUUAAAUUGUCCAAUCGUAUAAUGGAUUAUUUAAAACAACAAACACUGAAACCUUUGGUGGUAGCAGCAGAACUUUCCAAUACUUAUUUCGUUUUGGGUAUUGGAAUUAACAAUGCAUUUUCUAAAAUCUCUGGUGCACAAAUGAAGAAAGAUUUCUUUGAAGUAUCAUUGGUGGAAAUUAAAAAGGAAGAUUUGGCUCCAUUUUUGGAACAAUUAACCUUCAACUUAUAG